AUGGAUGUUAAUCGUGAUAAUUUUUAUGGUGUUUUACCAGAAAUUUUAAAUGAUAUAAAUAAUGCUGAUUAUGUAGCAAUUGACGGUGAAUUUACAGGAAUAUUACCAUUCAAUAAAAUGAAUUAUUUUGAUACUCCAGCUGAACGAUAUAAACGUCAUUAUGAAUGUGAUAGACAUUAUUUAAUGAUUCAAGUUGGUCUUGCAAUGGUUCGAUGUAUUAAUCCAACAGAAAAUCGAUAUGCAUUAAAAGCUUAUAAUUUCUAUUUAUAUCCUGAAAAUGAAAUAGAUGCAUUUGAUUUUCGAUCAAAGAGUUCAUCAUUACAAUUUCUAGCGGCUAAUCAUUUUGAUUUUACUCAAUUAUUUCUCAAAGGAAUUCCUUUUGUUUGUAAAACGAAACAUUUAGAAAAAUUAAAAAAUUCACAACUAUCAUCAUCACAUCGUAAUAAUCAGCAAAUACUUAAUAGUAACGAUAAAAAUGAAAAAAAAUCUGAAGCAAUAGCAAAUUCGCCCAAACAGUCUGAAUCUAAUAAUUUAUCAGAUGCAGAUUUAUUAAAAAAUUCAAUGAUCGGAUUUUCAGAAGUCAUGUGGAAAUUACAAGAGUCUGGAAAGCCUAUAAUCGGACAUAAUCUUCAGUUGGAUAUGCUACAUAUAAUCAAUCAAUUUUUUACGCCUAUACCUUCCCCUCAUGAUGAAUACAAAUUCAUUGUUAAAUCUUUAUUUCCUAAAUUAAUCGAUACAAAAACAAUUGCAUCAACAUCAUUUUUUCAAAAUAUUAUUUCAAAUACAGCAUUACAUGCUAUUUAUAAAAUAAUUCGUGAAUCAUCCUUUCCAGCAUGUUAUUUUGAAACUACGGAUAAUUUCCAGUAUGCAUCAGGUGAACAUGAGCAUACAGCUGGUUAUGAUGCUACUUGUACAGCUGUUUGUAUGACUAUAAUGAUGGCAUAUAUUGCUGAAAAAACUGAUUUUAAACAAAAUCCAAUUGAACAUACAUUAAUUAAUACAUUCAAUGGAAAAAUAUUUUAUAUGCGUUCAUUUGAUCUUAUAUAUUUUGAUGUAUUUAAUAAUGAUGAUUUACCUGAUCGAUCCUGUGUUUUUUAUGUAACUCAUCCUCAAAGAUGGUCAACAAUAAAUAUACGUGAAUAUUUUUCUCAAUGGAAUCUUCUUGCUUAUGAUCGGUUAGAUUUAACAACACAUAUUAUUGCAGUAUCAUUAACGAACGACACAAAAGAGACAAUGUUAACAAAAAUGCGUGCAAAUGAUAAAAAUUUAAUAAUUACUUCUUAUGCAGAAUAUAAUCGUCUUGAUCCUUCGAAAAUAAAAAUUAAACAACCUAGUCAUCUUUUUGACAUAGUUCUAAAUAAUAGAAAAUCUAAUAAACAAACUUUUAAUGAUAAAAAUGUAGUUACUACAUCAACUGAAGAAAUUACAACAUUAGCGACUCCAAUGAAUAUUUCUCCUAAUCCAACAGAAAAUCCUAUAAAAACAACGAGAAAUUAUAACGAUCUAUCAUUAGAUAAUAAAAUGAAUUCAACUAUGGAACAAAACGAAAAAGCAAAAGAAGUUAAAAGACAAAGAUUAUCUGCAUACGAUGAUGAAUGA